AGUCUGUUCGUGUUUUCGGGGUGAUCACGUCUCAUCCCCUCCUCUCAUCAUCCCAACCCAGAACUCAGAACUUCUGCUUCGGUCCUCAGUUCUCCUCCGAGUUCUGAGCUGAGAGAACUCUCUCAACUGGGUUCUGCUGCCACCAGGCAUUACCAGUAAGAGGAACCAGAUCUGACCAUGCUGUGAACCUGAGCGCUGUAGCUGGAGCUGAAAUGCAGUUGGUUUUGAGGCUGCGGCCCCUUCUGGCCCUGACCCUUACCUUCACUGGUCUAUCACUGCUGUCCGAUGCGGCAACGCCGUUUCCCCAGGACCUGGAGCCAAUCAGCAUCGUCGGGAGUGAGUACUCCUACCUGUACCCUAGUUUCCAGGGCAACAUGACGGAUAAUGACACAGCGAGACUCGGUCUGGACUUCCAGCGGAUGCUUCGCAUAAACCACAUGCUCUACAUAGCAGCCAGGGAUCACGUCUUCGCCGUCAACCUCAGCGCGUCGACCGAGCAGAUCAUCCCUCAGCAGAAACUGACUUGGAAGACGAAGGACGUGGAGAAAUGCACAGUGAGGGGCAAGAACAGCGAUGAAUGCUACAACUACAUCAAAGUGCUGGUGCCUCGCAACGAUGAGACGCUGUUUGCAUGUGGAACCAACGCGUUCAACCCCACCUGUCGCAACUACAAGAUGUCCACACUGGAGCAGGUUGGCGACGAGGUGCUCGGUCAGGCUCGCUGCCCUUUCGAAUCGCGCCAGUCCAACGUUGGCCUGUUCGCGGGUGGUGAUUUCUAUUCAGCCACGAUGACAGAUUUUUUAGCGAGUGAUGCAGUAAUCUACAGGAGUUUGGGAGACAGUAGUUCAGUCCUGCGGACCGUCAAGUACGACUCCAAGUGGCUGCGAGAGCCUCAUUUCCUCCACGCCAUAGAGUAUGGGAAUUAUGUGUACUUUUUCUUCAGUGAGAUUGCAGUCGAGUACACGACUCUCGGCAAGGUGGUAUUUUCCAGGGUGGGCCGAGUAUGUAAGAACGAUAACGGAGGUUCUCCCAGGGUUCUCGAGCGAUACUGGACGUCAUUCCUUAAAGCCCGACUGAACUGUUCCGUUCCGGGAGAUUCGUUUUUCUACUUCGACGUGCUUCAGUCUUUAACGAAUGUGAUGCAGAUCAACCACAGACCUGCUGUACUGGGAGUUUUCACCACUCAGGCCAACAGCAUCACUGGAUCUGCCGUGUGUGCCUUCUACAUGGACGACAUCGAGCGGGUGUUUAAUGGCAAAUUCAAGGAGCAGAAGACCAGCGAAUCGGCCUGGACCCCUGUACCCGACGAGCAGGUGCCCAAACCCAGGCCAGGUUCCUGUGCAGGUGACGGUUCUGCUGCUGCCUAUAAGUCCUCCACCAGUUUUCCAGAUGAUACUCUGACCUUCAUCAAGUCCUACCCGCUCAUGGACGAGGCUGUACCCUCGAUGAACGGACGACCUUGCUUCACGCGGACCACAAGCAGGUUUAAGUUGACCCAGUUAGCAGUGGACACCGCCGCCGGGCCUUAUAAGAACCACACGGUUCUGUUCCUGGGCUCGGAGAACGGCCACGUUUUGAAGAUCCUUGCCAGUACUCAUCCUAAUUCCAGCUACAGCAGCCAGCUCCUGGAGGACAUCGAUGUUUACAACCCUGCCAAGUAA